CAGAUUUUCUAUAUUUUAGGUGGUAAAUAAGUAGUGAAGUACUACUGUAAGUCACCGAGUGUUGUGGGUAGUGGUGGUGUGUUAGUGACGGACAGAUUUAUUAUAAUAAUGGGAAGACUACUGGGAUUUCGUAUCUAAGAUAAGUUGUGAAGUCACCGACAUCUUAUUGAUAUGGACGAUGAUGACAGUAAUGUUACAACACAUGGACGCUCCAGAAAAAUUCCACCCCCUGUACCGAAAAAGAAGCUCAAGAAAGCCCAUGUUACUUCAGAAGUUAAAUAUGACAGUAGUUCUCAGGAAUCUUUACUGUCAGACUCCUUUCUUAGUGUGCCAAGAGAGGAAUUGGUCGCUUGUGAUGACUUAACAAGACUUCCAAUUUUAUAUGAUGAUAUAGUUUUAGAGUGCAUAAUCUUGCGUUAUAAUGAGAAUGCAUUCUACACAUGGGCUGGUCCAACCCUGGUGGCAGCUAACCCGUGCCGUUCUUUGGACCAUCUGUAUACUUUGUCUCAGAUAGAGCAUCACCAUGACCAGGUUAAGAGUGGACUGGACAGACGUGAUGCACAUGUGUACAGUAUUGCCGGUGUAGCUCAUCAUCGACUCACUCAUGACCUUGGUUGUAUAAAUCAAGCUGUUUUGGUAUCAGGGGAAAGUGGUGCUGGAAAGACUAUAUCUGCACGCUACAUGUUGGGAUACUUGACGCAUGUUGAGACAAAGUUUCCUCAAGUUCCUCGAUCACCACUGAAAGGUGUGUGGGAGGACAAGGAACCUGAGGACAUCCUGAAUAGGAUUUUAGCCUCUGACCCUAUCCUUGAAGCCUUUGGUAACUCUGCAACACUUCGCAAUGAGAAUUCCAGCAGAUUUGGUAAACUUAUUCGUCUACAAUAUGGGGGCAGGCAGUUGCGAGGGGCAGAGAUUGACACUUACCUCUUGGAGAAAACCCGAGUCACUCACCAGUCAGAAGAAGAAUGCAACUUCCACAUAUUUGACCAGGUUGUAGCUGGCAUCAGGUCAGGGAUAAUAAAAGAUCUGAUGCCCAAUAUUGAUGAGAAGGUCAUCACACUAUCAAUAGAAACAAUUGAUUCUGAUCUCUCAAAUCUUCAAGAGACUCUGCAGGCUUUCAAUCAGCUAAAUUUCUCACAAAGCCACCAGAUCCACAUAUUCCAGGUUAUUGUAGCCUUGCUUCACUUGAGGAACAUUACCUUCGCUCAAGAUGAUGGAGGACAAAAUAAGUGGACUGUCAAUAAACAAAGUAAAGAAUGUAUGGAGAGCUUAAGAGUAGCUGCAUUCUUAUUGGGGUUGAAUGAAGACAAGCUGGUUGAUACUCUCACCAUCCAUACCUUCAGUGUCAGUAGUGCUCGCAAGGUUAAUGUGUUUCACAAGCCUUGUGAGCGUUUGAGUCAGUGUGUUGAGCGACGUGAUGCUCUCAUGCAGCUUAUUUAUCAAUCUCUCUUCCUGCACAUUGUCAAGUUCAUCAAUGGCAAAAUCAGUGCACCCAGGAAUAUUUGGUCAAACUUUUUGGGGAUAUUGGAUGUUUAUGGAUUUGAAACUUUCGAGCAGAACAGCCUAGAACAAUUGUGUAUAAAUUAUACCAAUGAAAGAUUACAGCAAGCAUUUAUGUUAAGGUACCUGGCCACUGAACAUCAGAUCUUAAAAGAAGAAGGUUUCCUCGGUGUGGAUGUACCUUACACUGACAACUCGCUAUGUGUUAUGACCCUUGAUUCUCGGAUUUCUGUCUUUGCCAUUCUCAAUGAGGAGUGUCAGUUAAAGCGGGAUGUGAAGGAAGAUGAGGCUUGUGACCGUGUCUGCAAGGCCCUAGCGGACACAGGUGUGGUAUAUGCACCAUUCUCUCCCCGCGACACACCUGGCUUUGUCAUCAAUCACUAUGCUGGCCCAGUUAAGUAUGAUGCACAAGGCCUACUACACAAGAAUAAAGAUGAGGUUCCAUAUGAAGUCUGGGGAUUGUUAGCAAGUAGCAGUCAAGAUUUCAUUCGUAAUUUAACUGUGGGUACCGACAGUACAGACCUUGAGAAUGGAAGACGGACAACUCGCAAGAUUACUACCCUUUCCAAGUUUAAAUCAUCUUUAGAUAAUUUAAUGAAAACCUUGUCUGAGUGUGACUUGCACUAUGUACGAUGCAUAAAGCCGAGUAUGGGAGCCCAUCCAGGUGAGGUUGAGCGUGACUUCGUCUUAAACCAACUGAGAGCCUGUGGAGUUAUUGAGACAGUCAGCAUUAGCCAAGCAGGUUAUCCAGUCAGAAUUUCUCAUGAAGAUUUCUACAACCGAUAUGGGGGAUCAAGAAAAAUAACAAAUGUAGUUGAUUCAAGCAUAGCUGUUGCCAAGUCUGUCCUAGGGGUAACACCUGAACAAGAAAUUGAUCCAGUAAAAUGCAGGUUUGGGCGUACCCGAGUUUUCCUCUCUGAGAGUGCCCUACAUGCCUUAGAGAAAGUGCGAGAGGAUAAAAGACACCAAGCUGCUACUUGCCUACAGAAAUGUUGGCGACGAUACAUAUGCUUGAGGCAGUACAAAAAAUAUAAUGCUGCAUCUUGUACAAUUCAAAAAAAUGUGAAGAGUUGGCUUACCAGUCUGAAGUACAAAAAGCUAAAAUAUGCAUGUGUAUAUAUUCAGAAAAAUAUGAGGAGAUAUGUUACACACAAAAAAUAUAUGAGAUUGUGUAAAGCUACAAUAACAAUCCAAAAAUAUUGUAGAGGCUGGUCAGCUAGACGGAAAUAUGAAGCAAUGUUGCAACAGGCAGCCAUGCGACCUUACUCCAGACAAUCAGUUGUGUCAAUGAAUAGUCUAGGUUAUUACAGUUUGACUACCUCAACAUCAAUAUACAGCUUGAACCCAUCGCUACAUGAUGUGAGCCCAUGUGACAUUGCAUUUGGUGACAUGGCAGCAGUUGGUUUAUCUGGAGAAGCAUUGAAGGCCUAUUUUUCUCCCGAGCACCACCGGAGGCUUCUGGAGACUGAGGAGUCAGGUAUCGAGACUGAUACAGAAAGCAUUAAUGGUGAUACUGAUCAAGAAGCGGGGCGAAGAUCACGGAAAUUGCGUCGGAGAGCACAGUUACGAGACCUGAGAGCUAGAAUUCAGGCUAAGAUUAAUCGUGUAGCAAGCGAAGAAUCUUUGGUUGAUGUUCCUAAUAAAUCCCUCAGUCAGAAAUUAAAGUUGGAAGAUUCAAACUGUGAAGUUGACGGUGAGGCAAAGCCCAGUCUAGGUUUAGGGAAGUCUGAGAAGCCAAAGAAAAGAGAAGAAAAUUUGUUUCCAACUACAUUUUUCAAGAAUACCAAAAAUUCUUCAGAUGAAAGGGAAAGAAAACAAAAACCCAAGACAGACAACAUUAGUCAGAGGAUGAGAGUGGCCACUAUGAGAACUAUUCAAGAAGUCUCAGGAAUUCUCAAAGAUUACUCUCCUUCCGAAAGUUUGCAGAUGGUUUUACCAAAACAGAAUCUGUCACUUUUCUUCAAGGAUGGAGUGCUCUCAUACAGACGUAUGCCUUUGGUUGCGAUCAAGUUUCACACCCGUCCUACUUGCCUGCCAUUUUCCCACCACCUCCCUUACCGUGAGCAGCCACACGGCCUUUGGGACGCCCUCCACUAACUGCUGCUGCCUGAAGACUCCAUGAGGACGAAACUACAUUCCGUCCACAGCCAGAGAUGUGGGUGGCUGGUGGACUCAGGUAGUGAAGCUGGAGAUUAUGACAGAUUAUAUUGAUUUUUAACUUUUUCAUUGACAUUUUAGGUCUUUUAAGUUGCAAUGAAAGACAGGGUUUUCCCUAAAGUGGUUACCUAUUGCUGGACCUGUACACCACUAAGAAUGCGCAUGUAAUACAGUACUGAAAAUAACGUAUCAGUAGCAUCCUUGCAUAACAGUGUUCAUAUAUCUCUCCCUGUCAGUAUCUUAGUGUUAUAAAGUACAUUUGCAGAUAAUUAUUAUGGAAAUUUCUAGGUUCUGACUGAGGCUCUUUAGGUCUUAUUGUCAAGGAAUUCUAGAAUCCAUUAUAUGGUACAGGCACUUCCUGAUUUAUGAGAGGGUUACACUCCUAAAAUAGUUCUAGUAUAUUGAUAUUUCAUAAAUCAGUGCAUAUUUUCCCACUGGCUCUCAUUAUAUAACAAGAGGUAUGUUCUGUAUGGGAAAAUCCCAGAAUGUAAUAAAUUGACAUAUAACAAGUUUUUAAUGAGAAUUUUGGUGGUAAAUAAUGAUUAUAAGCUACUGAUAAAUAUAAUGAUAUGGAAUUACAUGCAGUAAUUAGUUUAUAUAAUCCACAUUAAGUAUUGUACUUAAGAUAACCUGGAGUGUUUGAGACGCAGGUGAUGGUGUGGUUGGAGGGUGGUGUAUGGUGUUACUGGUUCCUGUUACUGACAUUAUUAGGUUUAAUACUGGCACCACAAUCACCUGAACUAUGUUUGCCAGUCAUUUGGGAUAUGAAGGCACAAUAAAGUCCAAAUAUAAUGUGAGCAGUACUUUGGUGUCAUCUUCCUAGAUUCAGUGAAGUGCAGAAACAUGCUGAGGUAGUGUGAAACGCACUCGCAUCAAACUGAAAUGUACUGUACGCAGAGGGACAAUACGUACAAAACACCAUUAAAAUGGUUCAAAUAGGCACAUAACGAUAAUGUUGUAACUGCCAUUUACAGCAAGGUGGACUGAAUUCUUACCUGUAUGGUAUUUUUUUUCUUUUUAUACCUUAGAUUUUAUAAUGGGAGUAUGGGAAAGUGGGAUCCAAUUUAUGACAAAUUUGUUUAUGAAGGAUUUUUCAGGUAUGGAACCCUUCCAUAAAUUGGAAUGUUGUACCUGUCACUAGAUAUAAAAAUGAUUAUUACUGUACUUAGUAAAUUCUUUUUGUGCAUAUAGAUAAUGAAUACUGUUGCAUUACUUAAUGGACCACAAAAUCUGACCGGUACUAUAAGAAGUGCCAUGUUUCAAGUCAUGUGAUAUGGUGUAUUUAAUUACUUUUCUUAGUUUUUUAAUAGUUUUGUGUAGUAGACAGUUAUCAUGAUCAUUUCAUGGAAUUUACUCUCGUGUACUUUAGGACAUCGGUAGUAAAAUGUGGCAACUUGUUAAGUUUUGAGGAACAAGAAGAUUCUCUGAAGAAAAUUAUAUAAGCAGGAUCUUAUGCAGCUGAUAUAUAACUUCAGAUACAACAUUAAAAUCUCUGGUGGCUAAAAUUUAUUCACAAAAUAGAUCAGAUGGUUGUAUAAUAUUGAUCACUUCAAUUAUGUUUAAAUUUAAAGUAUAAUUUAUUGACUAAAGGACUAGAAGAUUGUAUUUUAUCACCUCGUUUUAUGUCCCGUACAGGUAUGUAAAAUAAAUCCAUCUAACUAUCUGCCUUACUCUCAAGGAAUAAGACUAACAUCUCCCACCCUGUGAGACAUUCCUGACAACCUCCAGAGACACAGAAUGUUGAUCCAUAUACUAUCCAUAUCUAACAGUAUCUGUUAUUCGUGAUAUUACGCCAAGAUACCAUUCAGCCUUUUUCCGGCCAUUCAGCCUAGGUUGCUGUACUUUUUGCGGUAAUGUACUUGUGUCAAUUCUAUGAAGCAAAGUGUAUUUCAUAUACAGUACUUUCUUAAGUAGGAGAAUACUUAGUAGUUGUUAAGUGUUUUAAUGAUAUAUAUGUUAUAUUUUUAUUUAGAGUUCAAGUUACUGUUGUACAUGAGAAUUUUCAAUCAUUAAGUCUGGAUCAAUAAUAUUUUUAGAUUUUAUGCCCAAGAAAUUGGGGUUUGACCUAUUAACAAAAUUUAAUUUUCAAAGAAACCUUUUAUCUAGAAGAAAGAGACAUAUCAGAGUUUUAAUGGUGUAAACUGUAACUAGCAGGGUACCUAGAAUGACCUGUGUUACUGUGUAAGACAUAACAGCUGCUCAAGUAAUGUUAAAAUAAUAAACUGUUGUAGGUACUGUACUAAAAAUUACCUAUAAUACCACUUAAUGGCUGCAGUUAAGUUAAAGUGUGUUUUAUAUUUGUGUCUCAGAUGAUUUAUUUGUUUUGUUUAAAUUUAUUAUAAAUUUUUAUAUUUAGUUAAUGACAGUAUGGCUUGUCAGUUUAAUUGGAAUUAUUAAGUUAACUCUCCAGUAUGAUGAAAGAACCUGUAUGAAUGUAGACCAAUAUACCAUCCCAUGUUGUAAGUUGCACAUUUUGCAACCAUGACUCAUUUUGUAAACAACUAAUUCUGAAAGUUCUUUACUCCCAUCAGCUAGGAUUUAAUUAACCAUUCUCUCUUCAUGUAAUCACUAUAUUCCAGUACCUUAAGCUAUUAGAGAUUAAUAUUUAAUACUCAUAUUCAUGUUGUAUCUUCCAUCUCAUUCACGAGAACUAAUACUAUACCCGUCAACAUCUCAACCAGUAAUAGCAGGUUGAGUUGGACACUAACGAUAUAUCACCGUGUACUGAUUCACCAGCAACCUAAUCUGCUAUAGCUCAGAUGUUGUAUUAAAGAAGGUUGAUAUUUAAUUAACAACAUUUAACAAAGUAAUAGAAGGAAUACGUAGGGAAAGUUUCAUUUGCAAAUUCACAGUACAUUAGUUGGUAAAAUAAAACCUCCAGGUAAGGAAAGCAAAAUGACAACAAAUGUAUUGGUUAACUACAGACAGGCCUCUUAUAGUGGACAAGCCACAUUUCUGACGAGUGUCUGAUAAAUUAUUAAUCUGUUAAAAGAGGUCUCUACAAAUGCCACAGAACGACUGACUCCUUUGGGUAAUGGUAAUGGCUCUGCAGAUGUUAUGAGGAUUUUUUCUACAGUUGAUAAAAUUAAAUUCAAUCAACACUCACCAGUUAAUUUUAUUGGAGCUUCCCAUAUUGUUUACCACAGUUGCCUUACUCCUGCUGCACCCUUACUCACUCUUCUGUGUUGCUUGUAUUGUCACAUCUAUACUAAUGACUUUCCUGAACACUUACUUACAGGCUGUUUUCCAGACAUGAUGGCUUAAAAUUUUCACUUAACACAAGCAGGAGAUCGUGUAAAAGUAAAGAGUACCGAGACAAAACUGCUGUGAAUUUUGGCAGGUUGUGUAUGUGGAGCACUGAUUGGCUAAGAAGAUGUAAACAAAAGGUUACAGACAUGUUAGUUGGUUUCUCUACUUUUUGUUUUCUUUUUUAAUGAUAUACUAAUGUGCCCUUUCUAUUGCACUUAAUGACUGAAUAGUUUUUCAUGUCUGUUAAACAGAAAUAUGUUAGGUGAGGCACCAUAAUAAAAGGUCUGUCUGUAUAGAUUCAUAAUUGUAAUUUAUAAUUACAGAUUGUAAUUGUUUUAAGUACAGUGCAGUACUGAUGCUUUGAGAGUGAAAAACAAUUCAGGAAUCAACAUUAUUUCAUUCAUAACACCACCAAUAUCUUAGUCUUCCUUAUUCAGAGGUUUUAGUGUACUGUAUUUCAAAUUAGAAUUACCAGUAUGUAUAUUAUACUGUAUAUUGCCUGAUUCGUGUAGAAUUGUAAAUAUAAACUUGUUGGUUGUACUUAUUGUAUCUCAGUAGUAAAGGUGUUUAAUGUUUUGCUCUCAGGUAUGGUAGCAAAGCAUUAUAACACAACUUGCAGUGGGUACUUUUUGUUGGUAAACAGGAUAUAUAUUUUGCAUUUAGUUCUCUUUAAGAUAUAGUACAGUAUUUAUAUUCCAUACUAAAUAACAUAAAAGUCACAGUAGUCUGUAAAGACUUUUAAGGUAUUCGAUACAUUAACAGUUUACUUACAAAUUGUUUAUAACCAGGAUGUGAUUGAUAAGUGAGUUUGUUUUAAAAGUGUCCUCUGCUACCAUUGUGAAUUACCUUAUGAAACCAAAGUGCCAUGUAUUAUACAUAAAGGAAAGUGGUAUAUUGUAUUUGUUUUGCUAAUGUAAGAAAUUUUUUAUGAAUGACUGGCUGAUGUGUUACUAGAUUGGAUUAAUUUUAGCUUCUUAAUAUAUAUAUUUUGUUUCAUAAUAUGUCAUUUGAUUGUUUACUUGAAUAGAGCCAACAAAUUAUAUUUCUUUAUUGUGUCUUUAACUCAUAUUUUGUGUUGUCAAGGAGUUGCACAAGAUUAUAUCUCAGACUUAUAACAACAGUGGCAAGUAAAACAUUGUAGAGUGUAUGAAUACAGGAUCUUCAGUUUAAUAAUUUUUACACAAAUUAUUGGCAAGUUUUCAAAGAGCAUAUGUAUACUACUGUAAAUAUCCUUUGAAGUGUUGGAACUUUCAGAAUCUCCCAAGAAGCUAAGAGAUAUUUGCUGAGGAGUACAGUUGUAUUGUAAAUACGGUAUAGUCCUGGCAGCAGAAUUAGAUUGGAGUGUUGACAAUAAUACUAGAAAAAAAGUAACCUUGGAUCAAGAUUUUGUCACAUGUUGCUUAAGGUGAAUGUUUAUGUUACUUGCUGCAGUCGGCAAAGAAGUUGUAGGAUUUUGAAGAUAGGGGUAAUUAAAUCCUAGAGCUGUAAGUUAUGGGGAAUGAGGGUAGUGAGAGGGGCGAAAUAAUGGUCGACUGGGUGGUGAAGUUAUAAUAGAUAAUGAAAGAUAUGAUAGGAGGACCAAAAAUUUUUCAAAGAUUAUUCUUAGUUGGUGGGGAAUGAUGAAGUGAUAAGGGGAUAUGAAUAUGAAGGUGUAAUAAAAACUUGAGAGUAAAGAACUCUUGGGAAUCGUUGAGAAAAUGAGGUUGUAAAAUCAUGAUUAACCACAUGUUGGGAGUUGUGAAGUUUAGUCAUCCUUUACAUCAUGCUCACUGUGGUUGAUAUGUAAUCUUUCUUAUCUUUUGUCAUUACAGGUGCAACAUUUCCAUAUAAAGAGAGGGCAACUACUGUACAAUUUUCUAUUAAAAGGCAGCAGCAUUUUCCAUGGCAUUUUCAAGUACACCAUCAAAUAUUGCAAGAAUGACCUUUUGAAUGUUUAGAUAAUUUAUAUCAUGUUUGUGCAAAGGAUAUCAUAUUAUUGACUGACAUUUGUGAUAAGGGUAAUUAUUACAUUUCCCCGUGUUUAUCUAAGGACACAACAGCCAUGAUACAUGGUAGACAUUGGUUGACUUAGAAUCUUCCAGGAAUAUUUAUUUCUCCCGUGUGAACAUUUUCGUGGCUGUAAUUUUAAUGUUGUGUAUUAUUGGUGCUAAUUAUGUAAAGUUAACCUUUUGUAAUGAUCAAGUAUAUCUUGGUCUAAAUUUACCUAAAGAGCUGUAUGAUGCAUUGAUAAAUUUUGUCAUACAUUAGAUAUAAACUAGCUUUAUUGAAGGGAAUUUUGCAUUUAAUACAAGCACUAAUUUAAUGUAAUAUGAGGCUUUAUUUGAAGUUUUGUCUUUAAUUGUGAAGGUAUGAUGAUAGUUAACUGUGAAGUUUAAAUUACACUGAUGACUGGUUUUGCUAAGCAGUUAGAGGAAUAUACUGUAAGUACAGUACUCAAUUAUUCCAUUGUAAAAACAAACAAACAUUGAAACCAUUGCAGUGUUAAGGUUUUGAUAGACAGGAAGAAAUGCAACUAAUGGACUCAGUACCAUCACUUUUGCAUUUGUUUUGAGACACCUAACUAGGGUCCACAAUGCUUUUUGAGUGACAAAUGAAUUAUGCGAGCAGCAUGAGCACACCAUCAGUUGACAUACUUACUCAAGUGUACACCAAAAAAAAAAAAAACACUAAAUUUAUUCUCUGUUGUAAGUCAAUAGAUCAUUUAGAAAAAAAUAUGGUUGUGUCUGUCAUAAAACUGGCAUCCAAACCUAUAACUUCAGGAUGGGGAACUUGAUGUAAAUCAUAUGGGAUUGUUUUUAAGGGCUAUUGUACUUGGAAUAAUAAUUGUAAUCCAACAUAGCUGUAAAAUUUAAUGUGAUCCGCUAUAAACUGAGUAUACAGGAAUAAUUUUCUCAGAAUCUAUUUUAUUGUCAAUAUCAAUACUGUAGCUGCUAGUGUCACUUUGAUGAUAAAUUUAUUAUUUUAAAUUGCACAAAUACCUACAACUAAAUAAUUGAGGGAAGUAGGAUAAUGGAAAGAGCAACAAAAUAUAUUAUUUAUUUUGAUAUGGUAAAACAAUUAAUAAAUAUUGUUGAGUUGUAUCCCUUGUAGUUAAUACUAAACAAUACUGUACUUGAGAUAAUACUCAGUAGUGAUCGUACAUUUCUUUCUUAUUGUACUUAAUUCUGCAAAGACUUCAGUUACAAUAAUUAUAUUUGCUAACAUAAUUCCUCAUGCUAUGAAAUUUUUGACACUAAGAUUAAUUACAGUGAGGCUUCGUUAUUAACCAGGUAAUUUCUUUCAUGUUUCCAGUAAUUAACACUUUAUAUUUUACUUGACUGUCCAACCAUUGACAUUUGAAGUUGGUUUACUAUUACGUAUAUCCCUCAAUAAGGACUCUUCAGUAUUUUGCCUGGGGACACUUAGACACUGAAAUGAUACUUGAAAUAAUAUUUAAGAAUAUAAAUACAAUUAUAUAAAUUACAGUAAUGGCAUUUGUUAAUUUGUAAUUUUUGUAAUUGUAAUUUAUAUUUAUGCAGUCUUUUAAAUAAUUCUCUUGAAACAGAUGCCUCCUCUUUCUUUUUUAACUUAUGUAGGUGUCAUUGAGUUGAUGGUUUAUAAUAUUCACAUUCUCAAAUAAACAAUCUCAGAGUUUUCAUGGAUAAACUAUGGCAAAUAAAGACAUUACCUGUAGAAAGAAGAAAGUAAAUUUUUUUUAAUGAGCUUUCAAGUGAACAUUCCUGAGAGACAUUAACAAAAGGUUAACUUGUCCAGUCUUCUCUUAAUUUUGGGGUUUAUGUGUAACAAAUUAAAUUUAAUAAUUAUAGACUUAUGGAGUGAGGAAGGUGAAGGAUAUUAACAAGCUGUAUACAUUUCCAAGUUAUGAUUAUGGUACAUAUCAUGUGACAAUAUUGUAACUGUGAACAAAUGUGUUUACUGAGAUUUUGAAGAUACAUUAAUAUUGUAAUUAUUAAAACAAAGCAAAUGUUGGCAGUGUUAGGUUUUGAUAUGUUAUACUGUAGUGCAAACUGUGUUGUCAAAAUUAAUGUAAGAUGUACAGUACAGUAUUGCAAUCAUAGAGUAACAUUGUUUCAACUUUAAUGUUCAGUGUUAGUGUGUCUCCUGACUAUGAAAUUAAGGUUAGCUUUAAUGGAAUACUUAUAUAUUUUGUAUAGUUUUUCUAUGUGUGUUUGGUUAUAAGUAUGCUUGAAGGAAUGGCAGAAAGUGGAGAAAAGGUGUUUAAUGUUAGAAUCUUUUAUAAUGGGUUUUAUAAAAUUCAAAUUUCUGUUGAAGGUAUACCACAGAUUCUUCACAGUUUUAGUGGAACUUCUAGUUUUAAAUAUGCGUGAAUAUUAUGGAAGUGCUUCAGACUCUUGAAAGUUAAGUACUGUACAGGUAUUUGAUUUGAUUCUGAAUGAUGACUGAAUAUUAGUGUCUUGUUAUUAAGGCCUUUGGGAUACCCAUGUGCUAACAAUGUGUAAUAUUGUUCAACUACAGUAUCCUGCCCAUCUCUUUAUGUGCUGUAUCUCUCAUUUUAAACAGUUCAGUGUAUUACUGGCAAUGUUUUGACCAAGAUGUGUACAAUAAUUUUUUGCAUGGCCACUCGGAAUAUCUCUUAGUAUCAAGUGGACAUGGCCUCAAAAUGCCCAUGAUAUUGGUCAGAUUUAAAUUUUUUUUCUUGGUGGGCUCGCUGUGCUCGCCUUGUUCUCACACACAACUUCUUGGACCCCCUUCUAUUCAUAUUCCUGGCUCCGCCCCUGCAAAAUACUAAAACCCGUCAGCCCACUUACCCCUCCAACCCUCCCACCAAAAAUCCUCCCACCAUCCCACCCUCCAUCCCAAAACCCACCCAACCCCCUAGCAUCUCAAAGCCCACUAGUCCACAUAAAACCUACCAACUAAACUAAAAUAUAUCAACCUUUUUUACAACCUAUUAACCCUUAUGUAUGCUUGUGUAUUCAAUCUUUUUUUCUGCUGCAAUGUAAGAUCAUCUAAAUUGUCCAUGACACCUCGGUAUUGAACGAUUGAAAAGUGUCUGUUUUGAUUAGGAAUUUGAUUAUGCAGAUGGCCAUGCAAAGACAUACGUAACAUUUUAUGCUUAAAGUGCGAGCCUCUACAUAGGAGAUGGAUGGAAGUUUCUGUAUAUUAAGACUUGUACUGACAAAGGUAAGUCUUUCUUCUGUUGGAGGUACUGAAUUUGUCGGUAAAUUCUUGUACCUCUCUUUUUAAUUGAAUUACAUUGUUGUGCUGACAUUAUCAAUAACCAUUUUUUGUUUCCUAUACCAUUAUCUCUUUACCUUUCAAAAUUAUAAUAGUAAAUUGAAUUGUAUA